AUGUCUUCUGCCCAGUCCAACGAAGCUCUCGAGGCGAACGCCGGACCGAACAAGCCGGCUAUUUCUCCCGCGGCUGCGCUUCCCAGUCCAGCGUCUUCUCCCCGCUCAUCGAAUCCGGACGUUCUCACCAACAACGGCGAACUACUCGCAGCUCUGGGUGCCGUGCUUGCCAAGGACGUGCCCGAAUUCGCUCAGGGAGGUGAUGCGCUCGCGCGUCUCGGCGAGCUGCUCUCCAACACGGGCAACCUUCAGUCUGAUGUUCGCGAGCAACUCGCAUCAGGAGCCGCACGGGGACCAGAUGGCGCCCUCGGUCUCUCUGCAGAUACCACGGAGCGCGUUCGCGACAUCUUGGCUUCAACGGCGAAAGGAACUGAUCUUGCCGCCGCACAACAAUCUGCGGAUGCUAUUGGCCGCCUUGCAGGGGUGCUUACUGGCGUGGAGCGUCUGGAGAACGACGUCCGCUCCGAAGUCAACGCCACGCACGUUCCGCGAUCCGGUCCAAGUGCAGAUUCGGAUGCUCUUGCACAGGGAGGUGACCUGCUUACUCGUGUCGGGGCUGUUCUUGCGAAAGAUGCGCCGAUCCUCGCACCGGGCGCUGACGCUCUCAGUCGUGCGGGCUCUGCUUUGAACAGCACCGCGAACUUCGAGAGAAACGUCAGAUCGGAGCUCAACAUAGGCAACGUGCAGAUCCCGCCGCGCAUCGAAGUUGACGCCGAGCACGUCUCUCGCGUCGCCCAGUCUGCUGCCGACCCAGAUGCACUAUCGCGCGGCGGUGAGACUCUGUCGCGUCUGGGUGCAUUGGCGGCCCAUGAUGCGCCUGCUUUGGCACCUGGCGCUGAAGUUCUCGGCCGCCUUGGAACCGCACUCUCCGGAGCAGGAAAGUUGGGCUCGGAUGUUCGUGAGGUCGUCGGCGCCCAUGGUGGUGACCCCUUUCACAUCGGCGACGCACUCACGCAUCUCGGUUCGCUUCUUCAUGGCGCCACGCACCGUGGUCCUGAGCCCGCGCCUCGGACACAGACGUCGCCGCCUCCCGCACCGAUGGCAUCCCUCGCCGAGCAGUCCGCUCAACUAGAUCUCCUUCGCAACGAUCGCAUGCCCGAUGGUGCGCGCGCGCCUCGGCCCACACGCAUCUCGCUGCCGCCACCCGGGCACGACCGUGACCUCCCCGCACCUCCUACCCCGGCGUAUACAAUACCUGGAGGUGGGCGUAGGAGCGCGUAUUCGGGUAUUGAUAUACCUGGCUCUGACGAGUUCGCUCGGGUUCCUGUACGCGCACUUUCUCCCAGUGGUGCUGGUUCAAGUAUCCGCCGCCAGGAUAGCGAUAGUCGGCGACCCACGACGAGCGAGGGCGAACAUUCCGCGGCAGCAGGCGCUUAUCCCGCUGCGAUACCGCGGGAGCAGCCCGUACAUGAUCCGUCGGCACGAGUGGGACGGUCGAGGGAGAUGAAUGGCCGGAACGAGCGGAGCGCGCGACAUUCCCGUGUCCGAAGCACGAGUACAGCACGCCCUCGAGCUGCGCCUGUUUUCGGAGCUGGAGGUGGUGGCGAUGGUGGACGGGAUCCUUUCGUGGAAGUUGACAGACAUCUCAGCGAGAAGCGCGAGUCUCGCCAUAUGGCGACCAUACAUGAUCGGAUAAUCCGGACGAUGGAAGAGGCCGAGGCUCAACGAACGGCCGCAGCGAAGAAAGCGCAGCGGCUGGGGUUGAUUCUCAACACGGCAAUUGGGCUUCAAGUCGUCUUUGGCGCUCUCACAACUGGACUUGGUGCCGCUCUUCACGGCGGUGGUUCCUCGAUCGCUAUAUCCAUCCUGGGUGGUGGCAGCACCAUCGUCGCAACCUACCUCGCGAAAGUUCGGGGAAGCAAUGAGCCUGAGCUCAGUCGCAUUCGUGUUGCUGAACUCUCACAUUUCAUUCGCGAGAUGGACGCCUUCGAUCUUGAUCAUGGAAGCGAGACUGGUCAUCACCUAGACCAUAUGCUCGAGUACUAUCGCACGAAACUGGAGUAUCUUCUAGGACAGUUCAGCUCCGAAUCACAGAGUACUGGAAGUGCCGUCGCAAAGGAUACGCAGAGAUGGGGCGGCGGUAGUCAACAGGGUCCAGUUGCUUCUUUCGCGGGUAGUGGGUACGGAGCGCCAUCUGUACCACCCGGAUCGUAUGCUAGCCCUCCGAUCAUGAGCCCACACGGCGGUCUACCUCAAGUUGUUCAACAACUUCCAGCACAUACUCCCGCGCCGAGCAACUAUACGGGCCACAACGCAGGUUACUUCGCCAUGUCGUCCGGAAUGCCGACGCAACAGCCUUCGGCAUUCCUUCAGCCGGGACAGGCCCCGCCAAGCGGCACGCACUUUACCGGCACGCCGCCCAAUCUUGUGCAUUCGCAGACCGCUCCUUCUCCAGCGUGGCCUGGGACGCGACCCCAUAGCGGCGGCGAUGUUGCGAGGGAUGCCGGGCAUAUCGUGUAA